AAGGAAACGCACGCUUGCGGCCACCGGCGAACGGCUCCUGGCUCGAGCUGCCGCGGUCCUCCCCCUGCUGGCCAGGAGAGUCGGCGCCCUGAGGAGAGUCGGCGCCCUGAGGAGAGUCGGCGCCUGGGCGCCGCCCACAGGAGAGUCGGCGCACGGGUCGCUGGCCCCACGCCGGGCGGGCCGUCGAUGUCGGGCGCAGGCCGCGAGGCCGCAUCCGGCGCCGGCUCGCUCCGCUCGGCCGUCCUCGGCGCGGGGGCGGCGCCAGGCCACGACGGCGGCGGGGCGGCCGAGGAGGAGCUGCUCGGCGGCGUGCGGGAGCUGAUGGCGGGGCAGCGGCGGGUGCUGGAGCUGCUCGGCCAGAUCGCGGCGGGCGAGCGGGGGCCGGGCACGCCGCCCGACGGGGAGGCCGCCGAGGCGCAGCAGCCUCCGCGCUGGGGGCGGUCCGCCAGCAGGCGCGUCAAGAGCGAGCCCACGUCCUCCACGAGCCCACCGCGCGUGGCGAGCGCGGGCCGCCCGCAGCCCCUGUUCACCCCCGACGGCAACACCGACGUCAACGCUGCGAUCUCCUCGAGGUCGGUCUCGAUGCUCAACUUCGGCGUGUGCACGCCUCGGGAGGAGCUGGCGAGCAGCCAGGAGCAGCUGGCGGAGGCGUGCGACGCCCUGGCGGCCGACGUGCCGCAGAGGAGCGGGGUCCUGUCGGCCGAGGAGGCCAUGAGCCUCGACCUGCCAAGCAUACGGAGAGCCAGCAUGCUCUACGCCCCCUGCUGCUGCAGCUGCAUGAUAGCCCCGAUCUCACCACUGCGCUUGGCGAUCGACCUGGCCAGCCUGGUGGCGCUCAGCUACGACCUCUUCUCGCUGCCGUACCUCCUUGCGUUCGACGUGCCGCAGGAAGGGGCGGUCCUAUACCUCACAUAUGCCAGCCUUCUUUUCUGGAUCGCCGACAUGGGGUUCACAUUCCGCACCGGAGUGUACAAGGACGGCACCUUGCUCAUGGAUCCCGUUAAGAUCGCCCGACAUUAUUUCUUCGGGUACUUCUUCCUUGACCUGCUGAUCGUUAAAAUGGACAUCGUUUCCUUGGGCUUCUACCACUGGCAGACGUCGACGAGCGCAAAGCCCGACGCAUUCAGAUUGGGUCGCAUCGUCAAGCUGUCCAGGCUUGUCAGGUGUAUGAACGUUGUACGGGUGAAGAGCAUCCCGGGCAUCAUGGAGCGGUUGACCAUGGGAAGGAGCUUAUUGCACGCCGCGUCGGUGGUUUUGAUGGACACCCUGAAGUUUGCCGUGGUAAUAUUGUGGCUUAACCACGCGAUAGCUUGUGGCUGGUACAGUAUUGGAAUGAUGAGAGAUAGUAGCGACACUGGCAGGACGUGGCUCGACGAGCCCACAGGAGGGCACCAAGGAGAAAUGUAUGGUGACUCUGACAACUCCUACCUCUACACCACUAGCCUACAUUGGGCGAUGACGCAGAUGACUCCAGGUUCGAUGCAGGUUUUCCCGGUGAACAGUUCGGAGCGCAUCUACAAUUGCUCUGCAUUGAUAUUCGGGAUGUUGGUGUUUUCCACGCUCAUCUCUUCGAUUUCUUCCACCGUGUCGCAGUUCAAGAUGCACAUGCAUCACAACAACAGCCAACUGGUCACACUGCGCCAGUUCCUUAAGACGCAGAAGAUCCGUCCUGAACUUUGCAUGCAGGUGGAGAGGCAGGUGACCGAGAAGCUGAAAUGGAAGAAGCCCCUGAAGUGGAAGGACGUGAGCGCGCUCGACCUGCUGUCUCUCUCUCUGAGGAGCUCGGUGCAGACGGAGCUCUGCCGCCCCUACUUGCUGCCUCACGUGUAUUUCCGCAUCAUGUUCGAGAUGGACGACCUGAUGACAGAGGAAAUGUGCCGGAGUUGCACGGAUUCCCACGUGCACACCAGGGGCGACACCUUGUUCCUUGCGGGCACCGAGGGCGCCGGCAUGCACUUCAUCAAGAGCGGCAGCCUGUGCUAUUCCUGGGGGGAUUCUCGCGAGGACGAGGUGCUGGCGGAGGAAGUUGGCGAGGGGAGGUGGCUUGCAGAAGCAUCGCUCUGGUGCCAGUGGCGGCACGUCGGCCUCGCCGAGCUGGACUCGGCGGUGUCGUGCGAGGUGAUGACUGUCCUGGCCGUCAAGCUGAUGGGGCUCCUCCGUCGAUGGGGCGGUCCGAACCAUCCCAUGUCGUGGGCGUACGCGCAGAGCUUCUGCACGUGCCUGGCCAACAGCAGGUACGCCACGGACCUCCAUCUGCAUUUCGAGCACGCGGAGGUCCUGUCCGCGAUGCCGCGCGAGGCCAGGGUCAUCAGCGGGCUCCUGGCCAUGAAGGCCCUGGACCACGAGAAGCCGGCCCGGCUCACGAGCGAGCAGCUGGCCUCAUUGUCGCGGGAGGUGGACAGUGGGCAGAGCUUGUUCAUGAUGACGGGGACGAAAGUCAAGGUGCACCGCGUCGUGACGAAGGCGGCUCUGCGCUUGUACCGCGAGGACGGGAUGCUGCUUGUCUCCGUCGUGGAGAGUGCAGGCGGCGGAUCUGCGAAGGCUGCCUUUCAGCUGCCCCAGGUGCUGCCAAGGGACGGGGAGGACAUGGCAGCAGCCAGGGAGCGUCUCCUGGAAGAGUCUUUUGGCAAGCUGGGAGAACGCAUUGAUCCUGACAGAGAGCACGGUGCAGGAGGAGCACUCCGACUGCCAUCUGCUGGGCAUCACCACCAGGACCUUUUACCGUGUUUUCCGCGCCGAGUGGCCUCAUCUUUCGGAUGA